AAUCUUCUAUUGUUGAUUAUGGCACGAGCAAUUACGAUUGCUCUUUUAUUGGUAGUGAUAUUGAUGAUAAGUUGUCCGGAAAUAGAAGCUCGUCGAGGAAAAACAAGAGCUAGAAGCAAGUCUCGUGUUCAGAUUGGCUUACCAAUCACCGGCAAAUAUCGCGAUCCGGAGAGUGAUCAGUACUAUAACAAUAAUAAUGGUGCAAAAAUACUUCUGGCUUCACAUUUCGAUCUUGAGUACGUUCUGGGACAUAAAAUAGCUUUUCUUUGUGUGGCUAGAGGCUCACCACGUCCUCAUAUUACCUGGUUCAAAGACGGUGCUGAAAUUUAUACCCAUUUAUAUUUACAUGUUCAUGAGUGGGAAUUGAAAAAUGAUACUGUUAAAUCAAAAUUGGAAAUAGAUCCUGCUACGCAGAUGGACGCUGGUGUGUACGAAUGCACGGCGGACAAUAUGUAUGCCAUUGAUCGACGAUCAUUCAAAACUGAUUUUUCAAUUGCUUUCGAUUAA